AUGCCUUCCUCACCGAAUCAGUCCCUUCACCGACUGAGCGUAGAGAACUCUUGGUUUGCAAUGCGCCCAAUACUCUGGACAUCCCAACACCUCAAUCUUUUGGGCGUUCGCUUCCAGCACUUCAAAGGCCCCCUUCAUGCACCACAACCACGCGGUGACGAUGUUAAAUACCUUGACGCGAUUGAAGUCGUUUACCAUGUCACUCGCCUCGCGACGGUUUCGUCAACCGUAAUGAAGCUCAAGUCUGCCUUGUAUCUUCUUUGUGCUCCAGGAAGCCCUCUUGUGUGCAAGCCAUACGCCGCAAAGUUCUUUUACGCAAAGCGCCCCGUUCACGAAACAUUGUGUCAUGUUCUUCAUGUCGCCAAGGCAGCCUCCAAGAAGCAGCCCCCCGUGACCGGCUACGCAUACUACAAAGCUAUCAACCGGGAGCGACAGAGACGUUUCACUCCUCGGUUGCAUCCAAAUUCCGACAUCAAUCACCCCGUAGAGAGACUCUGCAGCCUCUACUUGCGCAAAGUCACUCCAGACAACUGGUCCGAGGACCUUUACAUCGUCUGUCUGUUGUUGGCGCUGGCACAAGCGCAAUCAAGCAAACAAAAGGAUGAAAAGCCUGAGACCUUCCCUGUGCGACUCCUCUUGGCUGUUGACGGAGACAAGAAUUUUGCCCAUGUCUUCCAGGCUGAUAUUGAUGCGCAUAUCCUCAAAGCACUUGACGAACCAACACUCGACUUGGAUGGAGUCACAUGGCCCAAGGUUACACACACGCGGGUAGCUUUCCAAUCUUACAUGACCUUUCCGGAUCGCAUCGUGGCGGAGCUGCUUGGGUCUUACAUGGAGGAAAAGGCUGUCGACGGAGUGUUAACACCUCAAGCCGAGAAGAGAAAGCAUGAGAAAGACGCGGAGGUUUCCUUGAAAAGAAUCAAGACCACCAUGUAG